AUGUUUCCCGCCGGCCUGGCCGCUGCGCGGCCGCUCCUGGCGCUGCUCGGCGUCGUGACGCUCGCCGCCGCGCCCGCCGCUGCGCAGUUUGGCUUUGGCAGCAACUACGGCAGCAGCUACACCAGCGGCAGCGCAGCACGCCCCUCGGGAUCCAUGUUUGGCAGCCCCAGCGGCUACCCUGCAGCUGGCACCUACCGGCCCUCUGCCGGCAGUGCCCUGCCGACCAUGCCUGUCCGCCCCUACGGCGCCGCCGCGCCCAAGCCGACCGGCACCUCGUCCUACGGCCCCACGUUUGCCUCCGGCGGCGGCUACACCCGCCGCCAGUCCAACGUGCUGCCGUUUGCCAUGGGCGCGUUUGCAGGCACCGCCGCAUACGCCCUCCUCUCCCAGAACCGCAACGCCCAAUGCAACGGCUACCGGCCAGAGUGCUACAAGAACGCGUGCGCAAAGGCGCAGCGCGACUGCUAUCCCGCACGCGACGCGGCGCUUGUGCUCGUGAAAUGCCCCACCCAGCUGGGCUCGCAGUAUACAGAGUGCUGGACGACGAACGACAUCUCAUUCGUUUGCCUCGGCCAGGCGCGGCCGAGCGCAUCAAAAAACAUCGAGGCGUUCUGCUCGGCGCCUCGGGGCCAGCCGGCGGCGGCAGGGCGGACCCAGGCCGGCCUGCCGGCGUCGCAGCUGCCCGCGGCGGCGGCGCAGACCCGCGCAGCCCAGGCCGCCCAGGCGCCCGCGCCGUCGCCGGCGGCGGCGCCGCCGCCGUCGCCGGUGGAUCUCAGUCCCGUCGGCCCAAACGUGGUGCUUGUGGACCCAAGCGCACCAGGCGCGUCGGACGCGCCCGCGGGCAGCUCCCAGCAGGCAGCGGCGCCUGGGGGCGGGCAGGGCGGGCGCGUUGGCGCAGGCGCUGCGACGACGGCGGCGUUGCUGGCGGGGGCAGCCGGGCUGCUGUUUGCAGGCCAUUGA